AUGGCGCAAAGCCUCUCGACCGCCUCGUCAUCGCACGACUUCCAGGCCAAAACCCCCAGUCGACCCAUCAGACAAAUGAAUCAAUUGAGUCUGGGAGACCUACCCCAGCCGUUGCCAACCUCUCGUAAUGGCCACCUAAAUCUCAACACCUUCUCGCCCGUCAACGAACACGGGAGCUUCGAGUUUGACCGUGUCUUUAAGCGAGGAAAGGUGUUUUGCAAGAUCAGAUCCAGACAUGCCUUCAAGGCGUCUUGGAAACCCUGCUAUCUCGUCUUGCGACCCAACCUGCUGUCAGUCUACAAGGAUGAAGACGAGGCGAAGCUGCUUCUCUCCAUUACCCUCACCGAAGUCACCGCCAUCGCGCCGGUCAGCUCUACGCGACACCCGCGCGAUUUCACCUGGAGCGUAUUCACCCCGUCGAAAAACUACCGUUUCCAGUCCGUGUCCGACCAGGAUGCAGAAGACUGGUUCGAGCGCAUCCGGUCCGAGCUGCACGUCGACGAGGAAGAGGAAGCCAUUAUCGCCGAGUCCAAGUCCAGACCCGCCCCCAAUUCCUCUGCUCUGAGUGACCCCGAUGACCAGUUGGGUGUUAUCACUGCGAGUGAACUUUCAGAUUUUGGAGAAACCGAACAGCAGCAGCAGCAGCAGCAGCCGCCGCCUCCACGGGUCACUUCGCCCACGCUAGAGCUUUCCCAAACACAAUCCCGAGGCCGGAAUCUACCCUUUAUUCAAGAGUACUCUGGCAAUGACAUGACCGAGUUCUCAGACCUAUCCGAUGGACCUGAUAGCCAAGCACGCGCACAACAGCAGCAGCGACUAUCCAAGCACAAGGCCGGUGGUGCCUCUGCAAGCAACGCCGCUACAAAUGCCAGCGACCAGUCGCAUCGUGCUCCUCUCGCACGCGAGUCAGCCUCGUCGGGUCCUUUAAGCGAUCCUGACCGCGUCAUUUACCAGGGAUACCUACAAGUUUUGCGCAGCAAGCGCGGCGUUCGCCAGUGGAAGAAGCUAUGGGUAGUACUACGGCCCAUCAGCCUCGCUCUAUACAAAGACGACAAGGAAUACUGCGCGACCCGAAUCAUCCCCAUGUCCCAAGUCAUCACCGCCGCCGAAAUUGACCCCAUCUCACGAUCCAAAAGCUUCUGUCUCCAAAUAAUCACCGACGACCGCCCCAGCUAUCGCUGCUGUGCUCCGGACGAGGAGAGCCUGGCCAAAUGGCUCGGCGCACUGAAGAGUAUUAUUGCCGCACGCAGAAAGGCGCUUGAGAAGGGGAAGGCGGCUGGUGUGCCGGUGCCUACGAUUGUGGCCACUACGCCGGAAACGUUUCAGCCGCUGCGAUGA